AUGUAUUUCAAUUACUUUGAUGGUGAGGACGCCGCCCUAGAGUUGUCAGGUGUUUGUGAAUUAUGGUAUCCGAGUGACCCCUCCACAAAGGAGUAUGAGAAAUAUAGGGUUUUACCCCCAUUUCAGUUGGAACUCAAAGCGGACAUAAUAUGGUGGUCAGUCAAGCUCAAGACCAGCGUUUUGCCUGAACUCGGUCAAACAAAAGCCCGGUAUAUUUGGGAAUACUUAAAGGAUCCCGAAUCUGGUGAAAAGACACUUGAAGGUAUUCCCGUCGAGAGAGCUAACAUAAUCAAAAGGCACGCAGACAAGUUCAUUGCCUUGGUUUGCAACCCCAGAUUUGUCUCUCCUUCUCUUCACUUAGGGAAAUCAAUUGAUGACUUGAAAUCAUUCAGAGAGUGGUUUGUCAAUUCAGCGACGAAACUCGAUGCAAUUGAUUUGCUUACAGCGAUACAAAGGUGGAAAACACAGUAUGAAUACUGUAGAGAUCUGGAGGGGUUUAUCAAUUCAGAUCUUUUUACACAGUUCUACACCUCCCAUCGUUUCGACCAUAAUAUCCAUAUGCUUAUCGAUAGACUCGACCUUUUGAGCGACUCUUAUCAAAGGUAUGCGGUAGAUUGCCUACUCCAAUGGCUUGAUGUGUCCGUCUACGAUGUUUUGGACAAUUGUCUUAAUUGGGAGAAUGUAGAAGGAAAUGUGGGUGACUACAUGGUUGGCGGUCCUUUGCUGCUGGUGGACCCCACCAUCGGGUAUGAACCUGGCAUCUUCUAUUAUUAUGAAGGGUUAAUGAAAGGUCGGAACAAUUCAAGAAAACUGAGUUACUUUGACGAGAAACAAGAUCUAACCAUGAAGGUUCUGGUGGUCUCUCGAGAGUUGUUUUUAAAAAACCCAUACACAUACGAGUUGGAAAAACAAGUCCUUACAUUUCCAUUUCGGUUGUUUUUAAAAGCUGAUAUCAUCUGGUGGACACUCCAGCUCAAGUCAAUUGUAUGGUCAUUGUUCGAUGGCUACACUGCGGACUAUAUCUGGGAAUACUUGAAGGAUCCCGAUUUUGGUGAAAAGAAACUUGAAGAUCUACCUGGUAAAGACGUCGAGAUGAUGAAGUAUAAUGCAGAUAGAUUUUUCUGUACACUUUGUUGUCAAGACUUUGUGGGACCGAAACUACUUCCAGAAGAGCCAAUUGGUGGCUUGAAGCUGUUCAGAGAGUGGUUCGUCAAUUCGGCUACGAAACUUGGCGCCUCUGAUUUGCUGUUAGCAAUGAGGAAUUGGAGAAGUCAGUAUGUUUAUUGCAGAGACCCAAACCCCUACAUAGAACCAGCUGAUCUUUCGGCAUUUUAUGCCUCACAUCAAUUCCACCCCAAUGUUCAAAUGCUUAUCGAUAGACUCGAGCUCUGGAGCGACCGUGAUCGAAGGAAUGCGAUAGAUAACCUAUUUCUGUCGCUUGGGGUGUCUACCUAUGAUGUUUUCGAUAACUGUGUCAACGGCAUUACCAAAGCGACGAUUGUCAGCAAUUAUAUGGGGCGUGAUUCCAUUGAUGAUGGCUAUAUCAACAAAAGUAAGAAUGUGAGUAAAAACUUCAAUUGUGGCUUUAUGUUCCAAUUCGAGCUAGAAAGUAUUAUCGUGUUGGACCGUAUCAGCUACCUCGGCUUGAGAGAUCUUCAAGUACGCCAUAAGCCUUUCUAA